GACACAGAUUAACGCGGCGCUGCAAACAAAUUCUAAAUGACAAAGACUUGACUCUUGCAAUCUGAUGACAGCAUCGUCGGCAGCUGCAACACCAAUGUCACAGUCCAAAACAUCGCUUGCAGCAGCAGCUGGAGUUGCGGCAGCAACGUCAACGUCUACGACCAACGGCAGUGGCAGUGGCAGUGGCAGUGGCAACAACAUCAGUAAUAGCAACAGUAAUAGCAACAUUGGCAAUAGUAGCAAUGGCAUCAGCAUCGGCAACAAUAGCAAUAGCAACAGCAAUACCAACAACGAGCAGUCAAUCGCGGCAUCGACAACAACAACAACAACAACGGUACAGACGCAAGCUCAUCAUCAUCAUCACCAUCAUCACCAUCGUCAUCAUCAUUUGCUGGAGACACCAACGAGCAGUGCAGCAGUUGCCGCUGCUGUUGCGGCAGCGUCUGCUGUGGCGGCAGCGGCAGCAGCAACAACUACAGCAGCUGCAGCAGCCGCAGCCACAUCGGUGGUUGCGCCACGCGCUGCUCAAGUCUAUGAGCGUUUGUGUCGUCCUAGUCAUGCGGCAGAUCAUCAACAGCAGCAGCAACACCAGCAUCAACAGCAGCAGCAGCAACAUCAGCAGCAGCACUUACAACAGCAGCAACACCAACAGCAACAGCAGCAUCAACAGCAGCAGCAGCACGUUCAACAGCAGCAGCAACACCAACAGUUGCAACAUCAGCAGGCAAAGGUGCAGCAGCGCGCUGUGUUGCCACCUCCACAGCUACCGGCAACAACAACACCAGCAGCACAGCAGCAACAGCAACAACAAUUGCAAGCGCUGCCAGCAGCUGUAUCAACUGGUGGCUAUCAGACGCUGCCUGCCUACUAUCAUCAUCAGCCAGUGGCGCGACCCCUGACUACACAACAUACGCAUGCGCAUACGCAUCCUCUUCCGCCGCCAGCUCAUCCGCAUACUCAUGCGCAUCGAACGCAUCAGCAUUCACAUCAGCAUCAGCAUCCUCAUCAGCAUCAACAUCAACAUCAACAUCAACAUCAACAUGCGCAUGCUCAUGUGCAUCCACAUGCGGCGUACCAUCAACUGCAGCCGCUGAGCCACUACCAUCAGCAGCUUUAACAACGUAUCGGUGGUGCUACCAGCGGCUGCAUUGCGUCUAGCGCAUCUCAUGUUCCAACUGCAUCGCAACCAACCGAAGCAGCAGCAACUGUUUGUGGAUGCUGUCGAGCCGUCAUCGUUUAGAGCAGAGGCAUCCGCUUUGCUGCAUUUGCAAUUGCAACUGCAGCAAUCACAUUUUAGUCGUCGUCAUAAUUGUAGCAUUCAACGACAGUGCUGGCAGCAGCAACAUAUACGACUGCUGCUAUUGCUGCUGUUGUUGUUGUUGCUGCUGCUAUCGCUAGGCAUUUGUGUGCCACUACUGCUGUGGCAGCUUUAGAUCUAGCUCUAGCUCUGCGCUGACGCCAUCUCUGAGUACUGCGAUUUCCCACAUACGAAUCAGAAACAAACAAAUACACACACAUACACAGACACCACCGCAUCAAGUUCAUGUUAUAGGUUAUCUCAUUCUCUAUUAACAUGCAUACAAAUAUAUAAGUUUAAUUCAUAGUUUAUAAUUGCAAUUAUUUCUAUGCAUAUUUUAUCUUAACUUCACAACAACAACAUCUUUAUGUGUGUGCAUUUUUAGACUGAGAUUUCUGCCAACAACAACAAUCACAACACAACACCAUUACACACAUACCUUCAUACACACCCACAACAAAACUCACUUCAAAAUGUGUUCAGUUAAACUAACGUUAUUUUAGACAUCUACUUAUCAAAUAGUUAUACACUUACUUAUAUGCAUAUAUAGCUAUAUAUACCUUCUAUAUAUACUAUAUCUCUAUAUAAUUAUCAUCUAUUUUUUUUUUCGUAUUGUAGUUUUCGAUCUUGCUCUAAACCUUUUGUCAAAAUUAUGUCAACCCACUAAUUUGGCCGUUUUUUUCUUCUUCAAUUUAUCAUCAUACCUUAAUAUAGUUUAAGCAAAUAUUUUUUUAUAUAUUUACAUACAUACAUAUAUUAAUUUAAAUUGAAAAUGUAGUUAAGAAAUUUUUAGGAUUUUCCAAUUUUUAUUUAAGCCCAAAACACUCACCGAUCAACUUUAAUCGAAACAACAACCACAACUGCAAACAAAACGAGCAAAAAAAGUAACAUUUUGUGUGGUUUAUAUUUAUGUAUAUCUCUUUUAAAUUGUGGAAAAUGUGUAAAUGAAAUUUUUUGUGCGCUAAAUAUUUGUCUAAGAUUUGGGAAUUAAAUUUAUUUAAAAUGUACGUAAAACAAUUUACAACUUUGAAUGCAUCCUAUUUUGAAAUUUAUUGAGGGUAGCAUCCAAAUUGUGACUGCUAUGUAAUUAAUGGAUUUUUAAUUUUAAUCUGUCCAUGUAUUUCGAUAUUUAUUUUUGAGUAUUUUAAAACUUACACAAAUAUUUAGCGUGAAAGAAAACACAUUUCUAAUUAUGUUGCAAAUCGAACAGAACUAAAUGGAACAGAUAAAAAUUCAAUAUAUUUAUAUAUACACACAUAUUUUUAAAUAUAAUUUUAUUUGUAAUUUAUUGUAAACACUUUAAUAUACAAUGCAGGAAGCUAAUUUGUUACGGUAAAAUUACACAGACACCCUGUGCACACCGCUCACCCUGUGAAUCCGCUGCACUCUGUAUAAUUUUACCGCUUAGCAACAAAAGUGAAAGUAAUUAAUUUUUUUUUGUUUAUACACGUACAUUUUUGUAGCUACAUUAAAGAAAAUAUAUAUAUGAAUAUAUUUUUUAAUGUCUAUUUACACACAGCUAGAAUUGUUAAGUUGAGCAAGAAAAGAUUGAAAAAAAUUAGUAAUUGUUUAUUUUUGAUUGAGUUUUAAUUAGUAUGCUUUACUUAUUACACACACAUUUUUUAAAAAAGCUAAAUUCUUUUUAUUUAUAUACAAACAAAAUGAAAACGAAAAAAAAAUUUUUUAUAUACAAUGAAAACAACACAAAUGCAGUUUUGAAUAAAUAUGGUUUUUUGGAUUUAUUUCAAAAUGCAACUAAAAAAAAGCAAAAAAAAAAGUAAGAAAGCAAGCAACAAAAAAACGCAAGACACAAAAACUUAAAAGUUUGUUUUAUUUUGUUUAUAAUUUGCAGUUGAAUCAUUAUCCUUUCAUUUCCCUUUAUGAUUUGUACAUCCGACUCACCUCACGGCGUUGCCACCUGGGUGAAUUCCAUAAGUAAGCUUACUGAGAUCGCAGACUGCACAGGUGGCAGCAGAAAAGAGAUAGAGAGAAAGAGAAGGAGAAGAAAGCGAAAGCGAAUCUCACUGGCAUUGAACAGCUAUUUGAAAUGAGAAACUGCCACUUUCUGUAAGUAACAAAUAAACGAAAUGUUAUACACAUACAUACAUAUGUACAUAUGUAUGUAUAAUGAUUGUAUAUGUAUGUAGUUAGGCGAACUUGAUGCGCGCCGAUCUAUGCAGGAGUGCGGAGAAAGAGAGCGGUUACAUGCUGAUCUGUCUCCCGCCUCUCGUUGCUUCAAUUAACGCAUUUAACGUUGAGAUGAACUAGACAUACCCUGUAAAUAUUUUAACAAGAAUACGAAUUCGACAGAAGUCGCGAAGCGCAUUUUGCGUUACUCUUAUAUAAAUAUUGUAACUCGUUUUUUUUGUGUUAUUUUACAUAC